AAAUGAAGACAAGGGGGUCGGAAUGGUGAUUUAGAUAACGAAUCAUCAUCAUCAAUGAGAUUGUCUGAAAACAAUUCAAAUUCAAAGCAUUGAUUUGAUUUUUUUGUACAAAUUAAAUGACAAUUAACACCUACGCAAGUUUCAAAUCAAAACUGAUUACAAACGUGAUCACAUUUAAUCAAUAACAAUUUAACUUGCGUCAACAUGGUCUGGACUUACCUUGAUGUCCACGUUUAUUUUACUUUACCGUUUAUUUUGAUUGAGUAUUUGAUUUUACGUCCAUUUUUAAAUGUCCACGAAUUUGUAAAACUAUCGUUCAUUUCUGCCUGUGCCCUCAUCUACACGAUUCCUUGGGACAAUUAUAUCGUUUAUCACGAUGCUUGGUCAUACCCGAUUGACCGCGUUCUUGGUGUUAUUGGUUGGGUUCCAUAUGAGGAAUAUGCCUUUUUCAUAAUUCAAACUGUCCUUUCCUCUUUGUGGACAAUACUUUGUAUGCGAUGGUCAGUCCCGUGUUUACAUUUGAACUUUAACCCGAUCUCAUUUAAUUUGAUUCGUUACAUUCCCUGUGCGAUUUUCUUGGUCAUCACAAUAAUCGGUGCUUCUAUUGGUAUCCCAGGGACAAAGACCUUUUACCUUGGGUCACUUCUUUGGUGGAUAUGUCCAGUUCUGUGUUUCCUUUGGUUUGGAGCGGGUAAUUAUUUUGUCUCCCAAUGGAAAACGGUAGCAAUUAGUUUAAUUGUCCCUUCGAUUUAUCUCUGUUGGGUUGAUACAUUUUCCCUUCGUCAAGGAAUUUGGCAUAUUAAUACCGCUACAUCAAUCGAAUGGUUCGUUGUACCCGAACUUCCGCUCGAAGAAGCGCUUUUCUUUACCAUAGUUAAUUUCUUAAUUAUUUUAGCCAAUUGUGCUUUCGAUAAAGCCAAAUGUACAAUUGACCUUUAUCCCGAUCUAUUCCCGACUAGUCCAUCGUUAACGUUUUCCAAUUUCCCUCAAUAUUUUAAACAAACUUUUUUCGCAUUUGCUGCUUACGAACCAAAUUUACCUAAACAACGACUCGAGGACUUAAUUGUUUGCUUUAAAGUCCUUAAUCAUUCAUCUAAAUCAUUUACUGCUGCAGCUUCAACCUUUCAUUCAGGUAUUCGAAUUGACUUGAGUAUAUUAUAUGGAUUUGCUCGAGUUACUGAUGAUAUGAUUGAUAAUUCACAAGGAAUUAAAACUCGACGAGAAAAAUUAUCAAUAAUUAACAAGUUUCUCGAUCAAUUAUUUGCCGAUCGUGGAAAUAGAAAGUGGACCUACGAUGUACCAACGAAAAUGGAUCCAAGGAAAAAACCGAAAAUCAAUUGGAAAGAUUUUACUUGUUGUUUAUCUAAAGAUGAAUUGGCCGCUUUUCGAGCGCUAACUCACAUUGUCUAUUAUCUUCCGUCUGAACCUUUCUAUGAAUUAGCUCGAGGCUAUUCUUGGGAUAUCGAGGAUAAAACAGUUGAAACGGAAAGUGAUCUUCUCGAGUAUUCCUCUUAUGUGGCCUCAUCUAUUGGUAUUCUUUGUACAUUUGUUAUGUGCUACAAAAGCGGAAAAUUUCCUAACGGAGUUACCGAUGAUCACAUUGCUAUGGUUGAAAGAGCCAAGGAAAUGGGACAAGUUUUACAAAUUGUUAAUAUCGCUCGUGAUAUUGUCACUGAUUCCGUUACUUUGGGCCGUUGUUAUGUACCAACAAACUACAUGGAUUGUCCGGAGAAAGAGUUGAAACUUUUAAAGGUUGAUCGUAACCCUUGGUCUUUAGGUCAAGAUAAACUAAAAGAUUACGCACUCAAGAUGCUUAAUUUAGCCGAUGAUUAUGCGACCACCGCUUUAAAUGGUAUCCCUUUGUUACCCAAUGAGGUCCAGGCUCCUGUUCUUGUGACCACACAAAUUUACAGGAUGAUCGGAGUCCAAAUAGCGACACAAUCAGGUUACCUUGAGAGAGUUUAUGUCUCCAAAGUUAAGAAAUUAAUUAUUGCGUUAACUUGUAUGUAUGCAAAGUUUAUGCAUACAAAGAAAACGUUAUUGUCUUUACAUCAAAAAAUAGAAUAAUAAAUUUAUCGAUUCAAUCGAGCACACAUAA